CGGUAGUGGGAACCGGUGCCGGCACCGUAUUGAAUGUCGCCACCGCCACGAACCGCCGCGAUACGUUUGCGUUUGCGGAAGACAGUGUUGGCGCAGCGUCCCAACACGAAACGUCCCAACGGGAAGCACAAGCACCGCCAACCGUGGCCUGCCAAAAUGUGGGUCUCGACGAACAAGGUGCUGAUCGGUUCGGUUGGCGGGCUGAAGAAAACGCACUGCCGCAAUCCGAACUUUGACUGCGAGGAAACGAAGCUGCUCAUAUCGCUGUGGGGUGACCCGCAGGUGCAGCGGACGCUCAUCACCACGCACAAGAAGCAUCCGGUCAUUGCAAAGCUGGCGGAAAAGAUGCGCGAGUACGGGUACAACCGGUCGACGGAGGAAAUUAAUACGCGCAUCAAAAAUCUCAAAUGUUUCUACAACCGCUACAAGAAGGAUCUGGAAAUGGGCGUUAUUAACGAACCGUCCUGGAAACACUUUCAGGCGAUGGAUGAAAUAUUGACGCGGCCGGUGUUUGGUGGUGCGAAUGCGGCCAGCCGCUAUCAACCCACACCGUUGAGUGCAGGUGGGACGACGCCCGGGACGUCCGGUGGGGGUAGUGGUGGACGGGUGGCAUGUCCCAGACUGUCGGGUAGUUCGGCAACGAGUGGGACAGAGCUGCCGGAUCUGGAUCCGGACCAGAUUGAGGUAAAGCUGGAGCUGGUAAGCGAUGACGAGAAGGAGCUGCGGCCAGAAGAGCUGCUGAAGAACGCGGAACAAGUCGAGCUGAAGGAACCGAACCUGCUGAUACCGAAGGAUGAACCGAUGGAGGAGGAGGAAGAUGAUCCAAACGAUCCGGACUUUGAGGAUGACGGUGGCAGCGAAACGGACGACGAAAGUUCCGGCAUGGACGAGGCGGACGAAAGCGACCGAUCCACGCGCCUACGACGUCGCACAAGACGUGCACACAAACCGAAAAAAUCUAUUCCAACGCCCGGUGGAAAGAGCACAACGUCCGGCAAAGGAAACGCUUCGACAAAUGUAGCCACCAGCCAACCGGUCCAGGGAAGCAUCAAGAUCAUCAACUACUCCGGAGGCACCAACUUCAAUGUGUCUUCGGUGGCAAACGUUGUCAGUGUCGCUUCCAGUUCUGCCGGCACGGUAACGCUCGCUGGGCGGAAAACGGAUGCAACAGCCGCUGCCUCCACUACCGCCGUCGCCACCACUACCACCACGGCCACCGCACCGAGCAAAAUUUCGCUCGUUCCUACCAACUUUCUGCUGAAACCGCAAGCAUCCACCCUCGGGUUUAAGCAACCGAUACAGCUGUACACCAAACCGACCGUCUCGAUCGCAUCCACCAAACCGUCUCCGGGCGUACCGAUCAGUGUCGGGACCGGCACAGUCACCGCAACGUCUGGAACAUCCGGCGCACCGAUGAAAGUAUUUCUAGUCAACACACUCUCGAAAGACGGGUCCGCACCGAAACAACAGCUGCUCGGUGCGGCCGGUACCACCAAACAGCUCUACACCACCACGACCGGUGUAUCGCUGCAAGGUACGUCGCACGUGUCCGGUUUGCCUCAGAUCAGCAUCCAACCGAAGCAACUGCUCACCACUGCCACCGGUACAACGACGCUGAGCAGAAAAUUAAUUCCCCCCACAGCAACCACCGUACGGCCCGUGGUUCGUGCAGUAGAUGGACCUACACCGAAGUUCGGUGGCUUCAAAUCGUUGCUGAGCCAGCUCGUGGGUUUGCAGCGUGAAAAUUUGGGCAUUACGAAAACUCACCUAGUAACCGAGCGGGAACGGUUCGUGAAUGAAAAGUCGAUCGGUGGGUCGCUGCUCGAUGCGCUCGGUGAGCUGAAUGCGCUGCUGGGGGAACUUAACGGCGAACUACCAUCGUCGGACGUGAAUCAAUCGGAUAAGAAAAAGCAGCAUGUGGAAGCGAUGGAGGAGGAGAGAGGAAAGGAUAAGCCCACGGUUAAGAUGUCGAGCGAUGGUCCAGCGGCUGUAAGUUUGCGGCGCAGCAUUAGCAGACACGAGGAUGAUAGCAUGAAAACCGAAGUGAUAAGUGAUUCGGAGUAA